GAGGAAGGGAUUAUCAUAGCUCUUGUGAUUCAGCCCACAGCUCCCCUGUGCAAGGAAAGGAGAGAAGCGGAUAUGAAUCCUUAGUUUGUUCCCUAUAUUGGUUCUGUCUCUGUCCCCACGUUGGCAGUGCCUGUUCUCCCAAUGACAGGCAUCUCCAGGGUGUCCGGGUGCUGAGGCAGUGGCAGUGAUGUCAUGAUUGCUGCUUUUCCAUGAGCAAAACAGAUUGCAGCUAGGUAUGAAGUCCAGGGAGCUGGUUGCAAGGAAGCAAAGGGAAUGGUAACUCUUUGGCUCUUGACAGCAAAACCCUGGGUUCUGCUUUCCAGUUAGAGCAAAAGGCUUCAAAGUCCCAGCUUAUGGGAUGAUUGAAACAUUCAAAGGGAAGCAAGAACCAGUAAAAUGAGGGUUUCUGCUUGCUGUGGACACACAGCCAGGGAGAUAUCAGAGCACAUGCUUCAGGGCUGGUUUUGGGGCAUGGAAACCCCUUUGGUCCAUGUAAUGGGGGCUCCCAGCAUUCCUCUGGCCACCCUCCUUGGUGAUGGUUCCCGUGGAGAACACUUCCACAUUGUGGUGUGAUGUUGCUGUCAUGGCAACCGGGGUCAGAGCGGUACCCGCCCUCUGAUGGGUUCUUACUGCUCCUGUGCUUCCCACUGGAAAUAGGGCUGUUCUUGGGGAAUAACUGACUGCCAUCGUGGUCCUGCCCCCUGGCUGGAGAGGAACUGCAGCAUCCUGCAGCAGGGCCUGUCCCCGUGGAGGCUCUAUCUUCCCCUUCCCAAGGUGCCUGCAGUGUGACUGCAGAAUUAGCUGGAAGAAAUGAGGAAGUCAAAGAGGCAAGGACACUCCUCGAAGCAGGACCUUUCAGAUGAGCCUGUGAAGCUGUCAGAAAGGAUGGUUGUGUCCGAGAUCAACAGACUGCAGAAACAGUUUCGAAUAGCAGCGGACAAGAGGAAGUCUUACAGUACCAACCUGAAACAGCGAAUACUGGCCCAGGAAAAAGAAAUAGAAUCUCUGACUCAAGAACAGAGAAAGGUGUCACUAACAAGAGGCCAGAUCAUGUCCCUGAAAAAUAGGAUGCUGGAUGACAGAAAUCGCAAAGAGGCCCAAUACCUUUUGCAGAUCAGACAUCAGUAUGAUUGUCUGAUUAGAGAAAGAAAAGCAGCGUUAGCUGUCCUGGACAGCCAGAUAGAAGAGCUGGAAAAAAAGGUUGUGAUGCAAAACCUGAUAGCAAGGAAGGUGAAGCAAGCGAACCGUAGCAAACAGCUGCAGAAGCAGAUCGACACACUGGAGACGUGUCUGUACAAUGCCAAUGUCCAUUUCAAUACCAUCCUGGCCAAAAAUAACAAGCUUCAAGAAGAGAUUGAAAGCCUGCAAAUCCAGAAAGCUGUUUUGGACAACUCCUACUUCAAGCUCCAUACAAAGCUGGAGCAGCAGAAGAAAAGGAUGAACACUGCUGUUAAGCAAACCACACAAGCCUAUGAGCAGCUGUCAGAGGCCCAGACAAGGAUUGCAGCCAUGAUGGAAAGGCACAAGACAGACACUGCCGAGUACCACAUGGAGAUGCAGGAGCAGGAGCGUAUCCUUGCACGGGAGAGCAAAUGGAAAGCCUUCAUGCUUGCCAGAUUUACGGAUCGCUCUGAACUGGAGGAAGAGGCCAAAAGGAAAAGCGACUUGAAAGCAGCCCAGAGGGCCAAGAAGAGCCGAGGGGAGUGCUUUGAGACCAGGGAGGUGACUUACAAACGCCUGCUGGAGCUGGCAGAGGAUGGAAAUGUCGACCAGCUGCUCAAUAGCUUCGUCGAGAAGGAGCAUAAGAUCUUCGCCUGCUUCCUCUAUGCCUCUGAGCUCAAUGACGAUAUCCAGAAGAUUCAGAGGAAGAUCAAGGAACUCCAGAUUGAAAUUGCAUCCCUGGUGAAGGCUCGGAAGCAUGCAGAGACCAAGAACUUUCAUCUUGUGAAGGAAGUGGAGAAAAAUCUAACGGAAACCACUGAGGAAGCCAACCUCUACGAAUACCUGUGCAAAGAGAGAAGCAAAAUCCUGGGCCAGCUCAAAUCCAGCAUGGAAAUCCUGAUCAAAAGACUCCACUGCGACACUACGGCCAUAAUGAAGCAGCUUGGAGAAAAAGGGGAGAUCACGGAUUUGAACCUGAUGCAGUAUUUUGGUCUUGUGGAGAAGAAGACCAAUGAGCUCCUGCUGCUGGAGUCCAUCCUGCGCUACACACUGACUGAAGGCACUUCUCUGGACCUGCCCUUCACCAACCCACUGCUGGGAAGUCCUGAGCUCCUCCAGGAGAUCAACUGGUCCCAGAUCUGCCCACCACCUCCCACCCUGAACGCCAACAACAACGCCAUCGAUGCCUUGGAGGUGCCUCUGGACCAUGGUCAGCUCCGUCAGAUGGUUCUCCAGAACCACAAGAAGGACUGGGACAACGCUGCUGGCACAGAUGAGACUGCACCAGGGAUGGAAUAAAUAGUUUUAAUCUUGA